GGCAGCGGUGAGUCAGUCGCUGGACUUGCAGUUGCUGCCGGAGCUCUGAGACAUCCCGCGGGCUGGGAGCAUCCGCGGGUCCCCGGGGCCGUGCGAGGGCGACAUCAUGACAGGAUAAGCUCGUCCUCAUGUCUCGGACCGUGCCAGACACCGCCUGCCUCCUGGAAUGACAGCCUGGGUCAUCCUGCCCGUUAGCCUGUCCGUCUCCACCAUCACAGCGCUCUGGGUCGUGUAUGCGGUGGCAGUACGGAAUCACCAUGUUUGCCCUGUGGAUAACUGGAUUUACAACGAAUCAUGUGGCCUGGUCUCUGUGCAGGGAGGACCCAAAGUAUGUUGCACCUUAGAUGAUAUCCCAUUGGUCAGUAAGUGUGGUACCUUCCCUCCCGAAAGCUGCCUCUUCAGUCUGAUCUGUAGCGUCGGGUCCUUCAUGGUGAUGUUGGUGGGUUUGCUACGUUAUGCUCAGGUGAUGGAGAGACACCAGAACUCCUUGCUGAACACAGCAGCGCUGGUCACUUGCUGGAUCUGUGCUGCAGGCCUCAUCAUCGUGGGAAACUUCCAGGUUGACAAUGCCAAAGUGCUGCACUAUGUUGGCGCUGGAGUAGGGUUCCCCAGCAGUAUGCUAUUCAUCUGUUUCCAAUCGGUGCUCACUUACAGGAUAGCAAAGAACUCCCUGGACUACCAAAUAGGCCACUGCCGAGCAUUCCUCACCAUUGUGGCCUUCGUCAAUCUUGUUAUGAGUGGGGUCUUCUUCAUUCAGGAGAGCUCCCAGCUCCAGCACGCGGCAGCUAUCUGCGAGUGGGUUUUCACCAUCAUCAUCCUCAUUUUCUACGGGACUUUUGCCAUGGAAUUCAGCUCCAUCACUCAAAACACCUUCCUUGAAAUGCUGGCAAAGAGACACCAGAAGACAAACUGUAAAGCAGAGACCAACAUGGUGGCCCCCAGCUCAGGCAUCAACCGCACCCAAGAGGCCAUCACCGUGAUCUAAGCUUCGAAAUCUCCACAGACAGGUCGAGCUAUUAACUCUGCUGUAAAACAUUGGUGGACCCCGAGUAGGGAUGUGGGCUGGGGGUAUCUGUGGAGCAUUACUGCCUGUUACAAUGGAGGGGGAAAUAAAUCAUGAAAUACCUCAGAUCCUUGAGCAAACCAGGGAUACUGUCACACGAAAGCCAUCGCAAAAGGACCAAACCUCUCCUUUUCUCCAAUGGUAUUUUUGCAACAUUUUUAUGAAAUGUAAUUUUUUUUAUAAAAAUUUGAUUUUUAUAACAGAAAUGAAUUAUAUAUUUUAUGGCAGCAAGUGAUUCAACCAUUCAGAGUAUCGUGAAAGGCAUUCGAUGCCUGUAAGUUGCUUGUAACACAGACCGUUGUAAAUGGGACAGGUCAACAUUCAAAUUGAAAUGAUAAAGUUCACUUUUUAAAGUGUCAUUUCCAUUUAUUGGUAGCUGAUUUCUGUGUGUUUUCCUGUUACCUUUCACUUCCAGUCUGAACAUGGGUGACCACGGUUUCUAACAUAUUAACAUUCCCACUUGCUGGAGAGUUGUCGGUAGCUAGAGCAGGUUAACCAGUGCAGAAACCUCACCCUGGAUCUGUGUGCUCCCACCUUCCCUGCCCUGGCCCCGCAUCUACCUCCUUCCCUCAUUCCCUGUGUCGUUUUUAACUGAUUGACCCUCUGGCUCCGUUGCUCUUCUCCCUCUCUGAGAGGAUGUGCCCGGCCCACAUUCUGUCAGAAGCCUUUGGUAUUGACCCAUGAAUCCAUUGAACUUCGCUGUCCACAUUUUUCCCUGGGUCCUUUGUCCUCGUUCAAUCCUAAAACCUUCCAAUAUCUCGGCACUCCUCCAAUCCCAGUCUCUUGUGUGGAGAUAGUAAGAACUGCUGAUGCUGGAGUCAUAGACAACAUGGUGUGUAGCUGAAGGAACACAGCAGGCCAGGCAACAUCAGAGGGGCAGGAAAGCUGACCUUUUGGGUCGGGACCCUUCUUCAGACUUGCCUGCUCCUCUGAUGUUCCUCCAGCUCCACACUGUGUUAUCUCGGUCUCUUGCAUGCUUCUUUUCAUUUCUCCCCCAUUUUUGUGUGCCUCCAGCCAACUAGUCCCUAAGUUCUGGAAACCCUUCACCAAACCUCUCUGUCUCUGCCUUUAUCUAUCUCUCUUCCUCUUCUCUUCCUGAUGCACCUUAAAACUUCUGACAAAACUUAUCGUUCCCUGUCUUAGUAUUUCAUCACAGUGCCAAUUUUGUUGGUAGCUUUCCUUUGGGACAUUUUUGCUAUGUUAAAGGUGCUAGGUUGUUGUACAAGCAUACAAAGUGCCCAGGCACACUGUACAGUGACAGCAAUUUCUGAUAUUCCCACGGUGCUAUCUGCUGGCACAUGGUUCUUCAUAAGGCCUAAGUCUCUUUUGUGUGUGACAAACAAUUAGACCGUAUAAGUUGUCGAAUAUUUUUUAACGCGCCAUGUACACAUUUUAAAGAAACAAUUGUACGAUCAGAAAUGUACGAUCAUUUGCUCUUGUAAAUAAACUACAUCUGUAGCCACCUUAUCAUCAUUUAAAAAUCUGAGAUAGAAAUAUAUACCAAGUGACAGUCUCCAUGUGGAGGGGUUGUAUUCUGCCUACAGUCCAGGUACGAGAGGUGAGGACAGAGUGUCAGAGUUUGACUGAGUGUGGCAUCCAGGAGCCUGAGCAAAACUGGAAUCAUUGGGAAUCUGGGGGGCACUCUGAAUUGAUUAAUGCUUAGUACAAGGGAAAAUGGUUAUUGGCAGUCAUCUCAGCAAGGACAUCAUUGCAGACUAGAUACUUUCCAAACAAACUAUUCAGGGAUGUUAUGACCCAUCUCUGGGGGACGUGGGGCUCGAACAUGGGCCUUCUGUCUAAGAGGUAGGGACAUUACCACUGCACCACAAGAGUUGUUCUAGACCCAACCAUCUUCAGCUGAUCAUCGGUGAUCUUCCCUCCAUCAUAAGUUCAGAAAUGGGGAUGUUUGCUGAUUGCAUUAUGUUGAGCCCUUUCCCCACCUGGGUUUGGUCUCUACUCCAUGUACACAAUGGCACAAACAGGUAGGUCAGGUAAUCAAUCAAACCCCUUUACUGAGAAUAUGUCCUCUACAAGUAUCCUCACACAACUGGCAUUUGGCAUUACCACAUACAUGAGACUGUCCUCGGGUGGUUGAUCUCUCCAAGACUUGACUAGUUGUCCAGUCCAUUACUCCAUGAUGAUCGAACUGUUCUCAAGUUCCUCAUGUUUAUAAUCAUAGAAUCCCAACUGUGUGGAAAUGGGGCUUUCAUCCUAUUAAACCCUCACCGACUGUCCUUCCCUAUCCCUGUAACCCAGCAUUUCCCAUGGCUAGUCCACCUGGUCUGCUUAUCCCUGGAUGGAUGCUAUAGACAAUGUCCAAUCCACCCUAACCUGCACGCCUUUGGACUGUGGGAGGAAACCCACGCAGAAUGUGCAAACUCCACCCAGACAGUUGCCUGAGGGUGGAAUCGAACCCAGGUCCCUGGCGCUGUGAGGCAGCAGUGCCAACCACCAAGCAUUUUGCCACCCUCAUAAUAUGUAGUAUGUUACUAUAGCUGAUUCUUACACCCUCUUCAGAAUAUCACACAAAAGUGACAUGUAUGAUAACAAAGUGUGAGGCUGGAUGAACACAGCAGGCCAAGCAGCAUCUCAGGAGCACAAAAGCUGACGUUUCGGGCCUAGACUCUUCCAAUUCUUUGUCGUUUGUGGCUGGAUAUAUUUGCAUUCGCUGUUGCCUGUCUUCCUCCCUGAGGCUUUCUUGCACGUUGUUCCAGUUUUCUCAAGGUUUCUAAAAGUUCAACCUUUGACAAAGCAAAGGAAAAAACAACUUUCCUGCUUUCCAAGGCCUUCUCAAAGGUAAACAGUCUCAAUUCUUAUCUUUUCAGGCAGACAUUGAGUUCCUUUAUCCACAACUGCAGGUGGGAGGCCUUGUCUUUAAGCAAAAUGCUGAGAAAUGCAUUUGUUUUUAACCCUUGCCCAGCUGAUCCUUCAGUUGUUGUUGCCUUCCUCUCCUUUGCCACCCAUUUUAUCCAUCUCUGCACACAGAGCUGUUCGGUGUCACCGACAGUGGAAUAUAUAAAUACAAAAGAUCAAUACAUAACACUACACACACACACAUUAUUAUGACCAAUGUUUAUAGCACUGAAUCUGAGGCUAAGGACAGGAAUAUAGAAACAAGACUUAAGUUGAGCUGAAGCCCAGCAGCACCAUUCGCAACUCCACAGAUAUUGAAGCAGUUCAUGUCCAUAUACAGCAAGAUCUGUACCAAAUUGUGACUUGGAUUGUUAAGCGGCAAGUAACAUUAGUGCCACAAGUGCCAGGCAAUGAUCUUCUCCAACAUGAGAGAAUCCAACGGUCUCCCAUUGACAUUAUUACUGAAUUCCCUACUGUCAACAUGCCCACACAGGGGGUUACUGUUAACUAAUAAUUGAACUGAAACAACAAGUCAUAUAAACACAGGGGAUACAAGAGCAGGUCAGAGGCUAGGAAUACUGUAGGGAGUAACUCACCUCCUGACACCCCAAAACAUGCCCACCAUCUACAAGUCAGGAGUGAGACGGAAUACUUACCGUUUGCCUUGAUGAGUGCAGCUCGAACAACACU